AUGCUUCCUCAUCUACAACUAAUUCUUCUCCUUCUAGCCUUCAUUUCCCAUGAACCUGAAGCCGUAGCACAAUCCCAAGUUGCACCAAUAACCAAACAUACAGACCUUGCUACACCACUCUACAGCGUUCAGUUGAUGAUCACUUCAUGGGUAAACAGAGACAUCUUUUAUAAAAACCUCCUUAUAGACAUAGAUGCUCCUUUCACAUGGUAUAACUGCACUGUGGACUGGAAUAGUUUGAUUUAUAACAGAAAUUGCCCCACGUGCCCUGCCCCAGUUUCUUGUCAGGAGUAUCAAUGCACGAAUGUUCGCACAUCUUACUCUUACGAAAGUCCUUCAUGUCUUCCAGUAACCAACAGUUCGACUUUACCUGGUUGGGGAGACUGCACAUGCCCAGUCAAUGUUGUGAACCCAGUUAACGGGACGUGUGGUCACGCGCUACUCAACUUUGACGAAUUCACGUUCAGGGGAAGUGAUGGGAAAAACCCUCUUCCAGAAUAUUUGGUUCGUAGCCAGCUUAUGUUUGAGUCAUUCCCUGCAAAUGUUACUGGUGUAAUGGCUUUUUCCACAUCUCGGUAUGCAUUUCCAGCUUAUCAGUUUCAACCUUUCACAAAAACAUUUUGUUUAUGUUUGCCUAGCUCCAUGUCUGCUCAUGGAGUUAUGUUCAGUGGGAACGGACCAUAUUAUCUUCUUCCUAACUCAGAUGUGGAUCUUCGAAGUCUUCUAUCUUAUAUUCCGUUGCUCAGUUAUCCUGAUUCUUUUGGUUAUUUUAUUGGUGUGAAAUCGGUUGUAGUUAAGGGAAGAUCCAUUGAUGUUUCAAAUAGCACAACGAAGCUUAGUACGAUUGAGCCUUACACGAUUCUUAGGAGAGACAUUUACAAGCAAUUGGUUCAUAUCAUAUCAAUUGCAACAAUGGGAAUCCUUCGUGUAAGGCCGAUGGCACCUUUUGGACUUUGUUUAAAGAAUCAAAUUGGUCGUUCCCAUGUUAGUUUGCUGGUUCCUGAUAUUGUUUUGAAACUUGAGGAUGGGAAGAAAUGGAUAAUAUCCUCAAGUAAUUCGAUGAAACAAGUUAAGAAAAAUGUGGCUUGUCUUACUUUUGUUGAUGGUGGUGAGACAAGUGAACAUGGGAUAGUGAUCGGGACGUUUCAGAUGGAGGAUAACUUCCUGCUGUUUGAUCUUGAGAAUUCAAGUUUAGGGUUUAGUUCUUCUUUAUUAAGCAAUAAGACUUCUUGUGCAAACUUCAACUUUACCGGUCCUUGA